CCAACUGGCUCCCUGCCCCUGCCCCCGCCCCUUGACAUCCCAGUCUCCCUGGCUAUUUAAACAGAGAUGGGUGCCCCCAUCGGCACACUGUCCUUUGACUACUGGACAUCAUGCCUCCCAAGAAGGAUGUUCCCAUGAAGAAACCAGCGGGGCCCUCUCCUUCAAAGCCUGCUGCCAAGCCAGCAGCAGCAGCCCAGCCAGCAGCAGCGGACCCUCCGGCCAAGGCCAAGGAUGAGCCAGUUGCCACCGCCACUGUGGUCCCUGAAAAACCCGAGGAGCCCCCGAUCGAUCUCUCCAAAGUGGUGAUCGAGUUUAACAAGGACCAGCUGGAGGAGUUCAAGGAGGCCUUCGAGCUGUAUGACCGAGUAGGUGAUGGCAAGAUCCUGUACAGCCAGUGUGGGGAUGUGAUGAGGGCCCUGGGCCAGAACCCCACCAACGCCGAGGUGCUCAAGGUCCUGGGGAACCCCAAAAGUGAUGAGCUGAAGUCUCGGCGUGUAGACUUCGAGACUUUCCUGCCCAUGCUCCAGGCAGUGGCCAAGAUCCCGAACCGAGGCACAUACCAGGACUACUUGGAGGGGCUUCGGGUGUUUGACAAGGAGGCGAAUGGCAAAGUCAUGGGAGCAGAGCUCAGACACGCCCUCACCACCCUGGGAGAGAAGAUGACUGAGGAGGAGGUGGAGUCUGUUCUGGCAGGACAUGAGGACGUCAAUGGCUGCAUCAACUAUGAGGCCUUCCUGAAGCACAUCCUAAGCGUCUGAGCUCUACGGGUAGGGGGGAACCCCCACCCUUGAGAGAUCCCAUGGGGCCGGACACUGCCGCCCACUCCCCGCCCCAACCCCUGCAAGCGGAAGCACGUUCCGGCCACUAGGAGGCCACCAUUAUUUCAAAAUAAAGAGACGGUUCCUCCCUCGGCCGGACUGUUGUUUUCUUUAGAGGUGGGGGAGGGAGGGAAGGGAGGGCUUUCUCUCUUCUCCCCAAAUCGGAUUCCCUCUGCUUUUUCGCCGCUCGGAAGUGCAGAUCCGUUGCGACGCAACCCAGUCCUGCGGUUCCUGAGUCCCAGGUAGGGCGACUCUGGAGAAAGGUUCAGCCGCGGCUCCGCCCACCUCAUUGCUAA